UUAGUGAUAAUUCCACAAUUUGUUCAAUUGGUCUCCAGUUGUCCCUAUUUCUAAGCCUUGGCUAAUGAAUGCCUCGGGAGUUAUCUAAUGCACAUUUUUAUUGGCUGCAGGCCAUCUCUGUUCCUAACUUUGAGCUGAGGUCUGCAAGUUGCCUAACUCCUUGUUACUUUUAUCAGCCUUCUAACCACCCAGAAUUGUUACAAGCUUUACAACUGCAUAGUUCCUGUGAAUUCUUUGUUCUUGCCAGACAAACUCCUCAAUUACUGGCUUCCUGUUUACUUCAGCUGUGCACAUGACCUUGCUUUAUUUUAGAAAACAGCCCAUCACCCCAGCCAUGCCUACCCAGCUUUUGUGGUUCCCAGUUUUUUCUGUGGGGAAUGUCUGUGUUUACUUGUCUGUCUCUCUCUCUCUCUCUCUCUCUCUGUGUAUCUGUCUUUCUUUCUCUGUCUCUGUCUCUUUAUCUCUCUGUUUCUCUCUCAUCUGUCUGUUGUCUAUAUAUCCAUCUAUCCAUUAUCUGUAUAUGUAUGUAUCUAUCUAUCCCUCCUUCCCUCAAUCUAUCUUAUCUAUCCGUGCUCUCCUGCCCAGCUUCAUAUGUUGUGUGAAUCCAACCACUUGGGCUGUGGCAGGUAAAGCCAAGCAUUAGAGAUCGAUGCAAAAUAAGGUGACUCCAAUCUGGAUCCUGUUGUGGAAAUAACCCUCCUUCCCUUUCCCUCUCUCGCCCCGGACUCUCCCCUCUCUGCUAAUGGCUGCCCCCUUCUCCCUCUCCCUCCUGGGCGAUCUCAGGAGAGUGGGUGAGUGCGAGUGCAAGAGGGGAGAGUGCGAGGUUGAUGCUUCUGUGAAGAGGGGAGCCAGAAAGUGUCUGGGUCUCACCCGACCUCUCUUCCUCUCGCAGACACAUGUGCUGUCGCUGCCAUUCCAGAGGGCUUUCCUUGGGAGCGAGGGGGAAUAAAGAGGCCAGCCGACCAGCAGAAGGUUCACUCGCUUGCUUUGUUCUCCCGUCUCCGCUUUUGCAAGUUUCGCUGCCUUUUCUUUUCCCGCGUGGCGCUUCCAAUCGUUGAGACUGUGGCCAGAGCGGCAGUGGGGAGGGGAGCACGUGGUAGAUGGCAGCAUCAGAACCCUCCCUGGCUCUUCCCUGAAGUCGCCCUGGCCUAAGAAGGCGAUCCCAUGUGAAGCUGCCAGGCAAUCCCAUGUGAAGAAGAGGGCAGCUGCUAGAAGAGAGGUCCUGAAGUUGGUUCUUCUCUGGGACAAGGGGCAGCUUCUCUGGCAGCAGCUGGUCACCACCCUCCAACCCAGGAGCGUGUGACUCUGCCGGUGGCAACACCCCUCCACCUGUGGGCCUUACCCUGCCUUCCUGCACCCUUCAGCCUUACCUUUGUGGCAGCAGCAGUGUAAUGCAGGGGUGAAAUCCAGCAGGUUCUGACAGGUUCUGGAGAACCGGUAGCAGAAAUUUUGAGCAGUUCAGAGAACUGGCAAAUACCACCGCUGACUGGUCCCAGAGUGGGGAGGGAAUGGAGAUUUUGCAAUAUCCUUCCCCCAGGAGUGGGGUGGGAAUGGGGAUUUUGCAGUAUCCUUUCCCUGGAAUGGGGUGGAAAUGGAGAUUUUGCAGUAUCCUUCCCCUGCCACGCCCACCAAGCAUCACAGAACCAGUAGUAAAAAAAAAAUUGAUUUCACCACUGGUGUGGUGAGCAUUGAACCGUUGAAAUGAGCAGAAGUGAGAAGUGCGGUUGGACAGUGGAAGAUAAGGGCGGCUGGAGGAGGGGUGAUGUGGGCUAGGCAGCUUUGCGGUAGGCGAGGCACCUCCUCCCCAGGGCCCCCGUCAGUCGGGAAAAGCCAGCCACAGGAGGAGUGGUUGGGAGGAGAGGGGCGAGGGGUGGGACUGAACUCCACCACUCUGCGGGCCAGAUAAAUUGGGUUGGUGGUCCGGAUCCGGCCCAUGGGUCAUAGUUUGAGGAUGCCUGCUCUAGACUAACCAUUUUUGUCAAAGAAUGAAAUAAGAUUAGUUUGGCAUGAUCUCCUUUUAACAAACCCAUAAUGGCUUUUAAUUAUAACUUUAUUUCUAGAUGUAUGCAGAUCUGUGUUUUUAUUAUUUUUUCCAGGAUCUUCCCAGGUUGGGAAGAUUUAUGUUGGGCCAAUUGAUUUGUAGUUUCCUGGAUCUCUUUUUUUUUUUCUUCCUUUCUUGAAAAUGGGAACCACAUCCGCUGUCUUCAGAUUCAUUGUUGUGUUAUUCGUCCACAUGCAGGAGAAGAAAGAGGUAGUACUCCAUGUGUUUGAUUAUUUCUGUUACCACUUUGAUUUUUGCUUCAGGGAAAUAACAUACCUGCCUAUCUACUCUACAGACUGUUGUGACUCCGACCCCCCAAGCCCAUAUUAUUGGAGGGAGAAGACUCCGAAAGUGAAGAAGAGGAGUUGGCAAGGCCUCCUUCUCCAGGACCCUCCUCUCUGGCAAUGCCUCAGGUGUCUCCCGGAGGAGAAGAGAUAGGCCAGGAGCCAGGCAUCUCCGAGCAGCAGUUAGACAGCGAUGGGGAUAAGUCUUGGCUGGAUCCCCGCCAGCGUCGGAAAGACAAGUGCACGCAGCAGAGAAGGAGGCAUGCCAGAGAUUAAGCUGAGUCACUGGACCACACCCCACAGGGGAUAAAAGUGGGUGUGGUGGCCAUUCAGGCUUUGUGACGGACAAAACUGAACAGUUAGCAAGUCAUACUGUGUCUCUGGAACUUCAUUAUCUACCUUCCUUGGAUUUAUUAUGAACUGGACUUGACAAUUCUUUGGCUUUGUGAAUUUAUUUUGGUUCAUCUGACGGAGGAGGAAUACCUCCCUCUGUGAGUAAAGUUUUUGGCAAGCAGCUACUGGGUUGCUGCCAAUUCUGUUAUCGAAGGAAAUUAUUGUCUGCAAGUUUAUUUUAACUCCUGGCUGACUGUUUGUGUGCGUGUGUGAGACGGGGACAGAACACAGACUAGAGUUUCUGUUCCCCCCAGAAUUGAAUUGCUUGUCACUGAAACUCCGCCUUCUUUCCCUAGGAAAUUCUGGAAUGCUUUCAUUCUGUUGCAGAAAAUGAUGAGUUUUGCCACUUUUUUAGAAACUAUUGAAGAUAGUUUUAUGGGUGACUGCAUAUUCCCUUUUAGGGGAGAACAUGACAGUGAUUGUUCAGUUCCAGUGGGAUGGAGUAAGAUACAUAGAAUGGGUUUUGGUCUCAGUUGUUGUUUUCUUCUAAAAGUGACAGGCUUCCAUCCGUCUUUCUCGUUAGGUUCAUAUAUAGGGUCAAUUUUUGUAAUGGAAGCUGUUCGUUCCCUAUUGUGUUCAAACUGCAUUGCUUGCCCAAAUCAAUGUAUUUGCAUUCUCCCUAAACUAUAAAGCAACAGUAGGAGGAAGACAUCUUCAAUCUGUGCUGGCCCAAAGAACAGUGUCCAUGAAUACCUACAUGAGUUGUACUCUGUACACAAGUAGAUCUAUCUGGCACAUAUAAAUCCUAUGGAGGCUCUUUGCAGUUUGUCUCACAACAUGUAGCAUCAUCACCCCUGCCCCCCAAUUCCCAAGGUAAAGGCAGGGAUCAUUCCCAGUUCAGGCAGACAAAUGGGGGACAACAGGGACUCUGUCAACCAUCCCUCUCAUGCUAAGAAAAGGGAAGGGAAGGUCAGCUCUACAUGGAGGAUCCCAGCAUGGCUUUGAUCCUGAAGGGAGGGAAUAGAGGCUUUGGGGGCUUCUCCAAGGUUCAUAUAGAGGUUCUUCCGGCUAUUGUUUGGGCUAUUUGGAGAGCCAAAGAAACUAAAUCUUCCUCUCUCCUUCACUUCUUUUAUCUUCAUCCUGCAGGUGUCACCAAGAAACCCUUUGGACAAAGUUCUGCUUGCAGGAUCCAAUCUGGGUCAGUCACCGGGACCAGAGGUUUCAUCUUCUGAGCUUUGGGACUCAUGCUGGAGCCCGUCUUCCUGCCCAUCUUCCAACCUUUUGGCCAAAGUUCUGCUUGUUACAGUUUCCUCAGAUAGAAAGCCCUGGAAGUGAGCAGCCUCUGGAAACUAUGCAGAGAAGGGAACACUUUGGCCAAAGGUCCCCUCAGAUGAAUCAGGGGAGACACUCAAAAUGCUCAAAAUGCGGGAAAUCCUUCGGUCCCUCCUUUUGAUCCACCAGAAGCUGCACAUGGGGAAUGGAUCCCACCUGUGUUUUCUUUGUGGGAACUCCUUUCCUGGAAUGUGGUGCUUUGCCAAACAUCUCCGGAGCCACCCUGGACUGAAGCCUUACAAAUGUGGACAGUGCACGGAGCGUUUUGCUAAAGGCUCGCACCUUGGAGCCCAUCAGCGAAUCCACCAGGGAAAGAGAUCUCAGGAAUCCUGGAAGCGCUGGGUAAGAUUUCCUGAGAGAUGGCAUCUUUCUAGGCCUCAGAACAGCCUGACUGAAGAGAAGCCCUGCAAGUGUGUGCAAUGUGGGCUGUGCUUUCCUCAAAACUCAGAGCUGCUUAAACAUCAGCAAAUCCAUACCAGAGGGAAACCUUAUCAAUGUCUGGAGUGUGGGGAAUCUUUCCGUUAUAAACAAUUGUUUAGAAAACAUGAGAAAAUUCACACUCAGCAGAGUCCUUAUAAAUGCUUUCUGUGUGGAAAAUGUUUCACUCGGAGCUCAUCUCUUUGCCAACAUAAUAAAACACACACAAAGGAGGAAAGCAAAACGUGCCCAGAAUGUGGGAAAUCUUUUUCCAGCAAAUCAAACCUGCUGAAACAUCAGAGAAUUCACACUGGGGAAAGACCCUAUCAAUGCCCAGAAUGUGGGAGAUGUUUUGGCUACAAGUCACAGCUAAUUCGACAUCAAAAGAUUCACACCGGGGAAAGACCCUAUCAAUGCCCAGAAUGUGAGAAAAGAUUUGUCAAUUCUUCUAAACUUCAGAGCCACAAAAGAAUGCACAGGGGAGAAAAACUAUAUAAAUGUAAGGAUUGUGAUAAAUGUUUUUCUUUGAAGGAAAAUCUUUUUCAACAUCAGAGUAUCCACACAGGGGAGAAACCCUAUCAGUGCAUUGAGUGUGGAACAUUUUUCCGUACAAUACAAAGCCUCAGAAAUCAUGAGAAUGUUCACAGAGGGGAAAAAAAGUUCAAAUGUUUAGACUGUGGGAGAGAAUUUGCUCGAUCAUCAGCCCUUAGAAGUCAUUGCCAAAUCCACACGGGUGAGAAACGACAUAAAUGCUCAGUGUGUGAGAAAUCUUUUAUCUGGAAAGAUGGACUUUUGACACAUCAGAGAAAGCACAGUGGAGAGAAUCCAUAUAAAUGUCUGGAGUGUGAGAAAUCUUUUCAUUGCAAAUAUUGUCUUAGAAACCACAAAAAGGUUCACACAGGAGAAAAGUCUUCAAAGCGUGUGCAGAAAAAUGAAAAGUGCCUACAGUGUGGGAGAUGUUUUGGCUACAAGUCAAAUUUAAUUCGAUAUCAGAAACUUCACACUGGAGACAGACCCUAUCAGUGCCCAGAAUGUGAGAAAACAUUUGUGGAAUCUGCUGAACUUUGGAGACAUCAGAAGGGGCACACAGGAGAGAGGCCCUAUAAAUGUGGGGAGUGUGAGAAAAGUUUUCUCACAGUAACACUGCUUCGAGUUCAUCAGAGAAUCCACACAGGGGAGAAGCCAUACAAAUGUGUGGAGUGUGGGAAAGGUUUUUCCCGAAAAUACCACCUUGGAAAGCAUCAAAAGGUCCAUGUGCAAGUGAAACCACAGUGAAGUAAUAUUUUCUUAAAAGCAAGAUAACAGGAAAAAAAAUCACAUGGAAAAAGUCCUAAUAGGCCCUGAUGGUAGAACAAUUUUUGAUAGUUGUUCAACCCUUGGAAGCCGUGUAAGAGUUCAUAAAGAGGGGGAAAAUUAGAAACUCUUGAGAUCAUGAGAGAACAUUUUCUUGUCAAUCGUCCCUUAAAAAUCACACUCUAAUCCAUAUAGGAAAGAUGCAGUCAAAUUGAAAAGGAUGUGUUAAGAUGGGAAAAAAUACAAUUGUCAUUCAUUAUAGAAGUUUUGUAAUCAAAAAUGACUAUAUUACUAGACUGAUGUUUCUGUUUUAAACAAUAUCUAUCCGGACAAUGGGUGCACCACAUAAGCAACGACAGGAAGAUAUAUCUAAGUUUAUAUGGCAGGAGAAAAACCAAGAGUUUAAUUUAAAACUGCUCAAGACCAAAGAAAAAGAGGAUGAUUAGGAUUGCCUGAUUAAAAAUUGUACUUUUCAGCCUGUUUGCUUUGGAUGAAAGAGUGGGUGUUGCUGAGAAAUAAGAGGAUUUUAAAACAGGAAGGGUAUGGCUUUUUUAUGCUUCAACAAUAGAAACAUAGGCUGUGCCCAAAAACGCUGUCUCGGCACAAGAAGCGUUUUAUGAAAAAGAAAGAGUAGACCACAAUAAAUAGAUAAAGUGUAAUAUCCUGAUGUCUUACACUUUUUGUCUCAUUUCUUUGAACCACUUUUCCCAUCAAUUUGUCAAUACAGGUAGUCAACUCAAAGAACAGUUCAUUUAGUGACCGUUCAACGUUACAAUGGCACUGAAAAAAGUGACUUAUGACCUUUUCUGAGCAUCCCCAUGGUCACGUGAUCAAAAUUCAGAUCCUUGACAACUGACUCUCAUGUCUGACCGUUGCAGUGAUCCAAGGUCAUUGAUCCCUUUUUGUCACCUUUUCACAAGCAAAGUCAAGGGAGAAGCCUGAUUCACUUAACCAUGUUACUAAUUUAACAUCUUCAGUGCAUUAACUGUGGCAAGAAAGGUCGUAAAAUGGAUAUUUAACUGUUUCACUUAAGAACAGUAAUUUGUUUCAACAGGAGAGUAAUUCUGUUUCAUUUAACAACUAUUUCACUUAAGAACAGUAAUUUUGGGCUCAGUGGUGGUCGUAAAUAGAGGAUUACCUCUAGAUGAUAAAUUUAGAGUUCUUAGAACAGGAACAUGGCGAAUACAAGGUGAAAUCAAAAGAAUGUGGAGAUGUUUUGUUGAAAAGUCACACCUAAUUCGAAAUCAGAGACUUUACACUGGAGACAGACCCUAUCAAUGCCCAAAUGUGAGAAAAGAUUUGUGAAAUCUCCUGAACUUCGGAGACAUCAGAAGGGGCACACAGGAGAGCCAAAUGCCAAUCUUUCCCUGAAAUAUCCUGCUGCGAACCAGUAGUAAAGGUAAGUAGAACCCACCCCUGGGCUAAAACACAUGAAGAACAGUUGCAGGAAUUGAUUAUGUUUAUUCUAGUGAAAAGAAGGUUUGGGGUGACAUAAUAAAGGUUUGUUUCUGUUGUGAUUGUAUGGAAGUUUGUUAACUUCUGGAGUGGGGUUUUUAAAAAUAUCUUUCCAGUCCAUUGUGCAGCCUUAAUAAAAGCAUUUCUACUCUC